GCAAGGCAUUUCAUAGCAAACACAAAAACACAAAGUCAUGCAACAUCAACGAUCAAAACAUUACAUUGAGUCAAUGCCAUCUUGAAAUUUGUAAUAUGAUGUUUUGAAUAUUGCAUGCAGAGUAGUUGACUAAAAUUCACACUGACCGACCUUUGACCCUUUGGUACCAACGUGUUACCUUUCUAUCCCUUUCUAAAUCUAUUUUGUACCUGCAAACAAACCAUUUCUUUCUGAGUUUUUAGCUGUACUUAAAUACUAUAAUGAGUUAUGGAAUUUGUGGACAUUAAAAGUAAUGAGACUAUUCUACUAAUUUUGGAUUGGAUUGAGAUCCACAUUUGGACCCGUUGAUUCUAUAAAAUAAGACAGAUUACGACCCCUGACAGCAGAGCUGUGCAAUACACUGCAAAAACACAAGAUCUAGUAAGUUUCUUGUGCAAAUAUCUCCAUUCACUUGAAAUAAAACAACUUUCAAGUCACUUUUCAACAAAAUAUAGGAGCUUGUUUUAAGUCAGUAACUUCCUACUAUUGAUGAAAACAACGUAAUUCUGUUUCAUUGACGGAUUAUUUCACUUAUAAAAUGGGACAAAUAUUUUGUUAUAAGUGAAAUAAUCUUCCAGUGAAUCAAGUCAUUAUCAACUCCACUAUUUUGUCUUCAGGAAAUUAAGACCUGAUAAGAUGUGACUUGUCUGUAAAAACCUUUAAAUUAAUGACCUGCAGAACAUUGUGUCUUUAAGCUGACAUUUUAACAGGAACUUACUUUAAAUGUCUAGAUUUAAUGUUCUGGCUGUUCUCCCACAUGCCAGCUUCUUAUUUUGUGUUCAAUGAAAAAUACACAAUAUUUGGUUCACAAGAGUCAGACAAGAUGAAAUUUAAACAACAUUUUAGGUAAAGUUAAGAAUCUUAAUUUCUUUCACAGAUUUCACAAACACAAACUGCACAAGAAUCACGGUAGAAUAAAUAAUUUAAUGUUGCUACAUGUAUUUUUCAUUACUGCAUCGGUCUAAUGUAGUCUUUGAAAAUGCCAAUUUGUGUGAAAUUAAAUCACUUACAUGUUGGCCAUAGUGCACAACACAGUUGAAGCUCACACUCUGCUGACUGGAAAUCACAAUAAGUAACUGCAAACUUGAUUCGAUCACGCAGUAUAUUUAUUUAUAGAUUUUUUUCUAGCACCCAUUCCACCUUUAACAUCCUGUGGCCCUGGGUUUACCACUCUGUAGAUUGGUGUUGGUUUGUUUUUUUUGUUUUUUGUUUUCCACAGUUUUGUGCCCUUUUAUGACCUCUGAGACAGACAUGUCACUGAUUCUGAAAGCUCACUUUCAGGCCUCAGUAAGUCAAUUACAUCCCGUUGUUCAAGGCUAGUCUGUGGUUUCUUCAGACAGUCGACUGUGCUGCGUCACUUCCUGCGGGACGAGAAACAUUAUUCGUCACGUUUCCACGCAUCGCUGAACUCGAGUGCCACUUUCGCAGUCUGACAAACCGGAAAGGCCACCCGCGAACACGCCGCUCUCUCAGGUCUGCAUCAGAGAGCUGUGAGAGGUUAAAGAAAAAAGCAAAGCCAAAAAAACAAAACAAAACAUCCCCUCAAGUUGAGAGGUUGACAAGAAAAAACCCCCACAGUGAGUCAGUGGUGCAUUUCUGUUCGCAGGUCAGUGUUUCACUCCAACCUGCUCUCGUAUUCUCUAAAAGUGCAGCUUCCAGUUUCUAAGAGCCCUACUUUGUCUUGUUUUAUCUGGGAGACAAACACUAAACACGAGCUUAUCUCCCCUCACAAACAUCUCAUCAGCACUUAUGGUGAGUCCUGCAGGACACAAUAAACAAACAGAGGAAGAGUCUUCCAGUAACACCCGAUAACGCCCCCACACUGCUGCGUCCAGAUAUGUCGACAGUCCCUGCAAGAAUCACGUAGCGGGUUAACGGGCCUGACGAUGAUGUGGUGUCAUUCUGGCUAAACUAGAGCGCACCACGGGAGUAUUUGAUUCCUCCCAAGGACGGUUCCCCACUUAGUGGAUAAAGACUUGGUUCAUCAGGGAGACGAGAUAUGGCGACGGUGACAAGAUCCACUUAUUCACGUCUGACAUCCCGUGACUGUCUCGCCGUCAGACAGAUGCUCUUCCGAGUCGAGGCGACACGAAAAUGACUCCAAACUGGAGAGAGGAUGAAAGGAGGAAUGGCGUCACAAAAGGAGACCGAAAAAGAGAGGGGCCGGGGAGGUGGAGGGGAAAACGGUACCAGAACUCGAUGAUAAUAACAUGGUUUGCAGACUAGCGCUGUCAUUAACGUCUCACAUUUUGUCACUUCGCCACGUAAAACUUCAGCGCGUUUCAUAAGGCUUGAAAGCUGCAGAUCGAAACAGAAGACGGUCUGUUUCAAACAGAAGAUGAUCGUUAACGCGCUGCUUUGAAGAAGUUUUGCAAACGAAUUAAAGAUUCCAGGUGGAAAUUUAAUAAAAAGCUGAAGUUCAGUCACAUUUACGACACAUUAAAUUGUUACAAUAAAUAUUUGAAGGAUCUCGAUUUAAUAUGACUUUCAGCAGUAUUUCAUUUCCCUUUGGGAUUAAUAAAGUAUUAUUGAAUUGAACUGGAUUUAAAGAAAAGCAUCUGAGGAAAGAAAAGUAAAUUCCAAGAAUUUUGUUCUGGACUUUGACUAGGCCAUUAUAACACAGAAUCUAAACCAUUUCAUUGUUGAUUUAGCUGUCUCAAGUCUUUAUUUAGCCUCAUUCAUCUUCACCUCAAUUUUAACUGGAUUCCCUGACUCAGCAUGAUGCUGCCACCACUGUGUUUCACUGCAGAUAUAUAUAUAAAUAUAAUUUAUUUUUCUUUUCUUUUUGCGAAUAGAUUAAAAACAAAACUUGUGUUCUCUAAUAAGGAUUGCAAGGACACUGCCUGCAAAAGAGAUUUUAAAUUUAACUGAAUCUUUUCUGGUUAAAUAAAGUUUAAAAGAAAACUACUUCCGAAGCCUUCAGAGAACUUCAAACUGAGAUUAAAACACACAGAAGUUGACUACUAAUUAGACUCUGAAGGCAUUUAGCUACAUCUGGAGAUCAGAAUAAAGGGGAGUGAAUACCAAAGCCUUUUUGAAACCGCGCACAAUGUUCCUUCCACUUCGAUUUGAUUCGUCUCAUCAAUUCCUUAAGGUUUGCGGCUGUGCUGUGACAAGACACGGACAAGUUUAAGAAAGUUUUUGCACCGCACGAUUUGCUGAGACGCCUAGGAGACAAAAGAGAUUUAAAUUCGCAGUAACAAGAGGGAAUUAUGUGUUUAUGGCAGUUUGCAAAUCUUUGCUAAUUAAAACGAUGAGCCUGUUGCUUUGUUUUGAGGGGGAGAUUUCCUCCAGAAAAGCAAAACAAGAGAAGCCCUGUCACAUAACAGCGGGUAAGAGGAGAACAAACGACAGAACAGGCAGAGAGGCUGAAUCGUUCAAGCUAUUUUCAUCUGCUUUGAACAGGCAUUACUCGCGCCCAUUUAUCCCGCUCGGAUAACAGCUCUCAGCCGAUACUCGGCACUCAAGUUAGCAGAAAAUUGUCUUCAUUGAGAAGAGAAUCAGUUGGCCUCACUGAGUGUUCUGUUUUAUUUUCUUCUCUUUGUAUUUCCCAUCUUUUUCACUCCUGCGUUUCACCAUUUUCCUGUUUUUUUUUUUUUUGUGUCAAUCUCCCCCGUUGCUUUUCUCAGAGUUUCUAAUCCUCCUUGCAAUUUCCCAACAAUUCCCAUCUUUAUUUUCCUACAUUUUCAACAACUAAGCUCCUUUUCUCCCACUUGUGUCUUUUCCUGCAACCUCACCCCCCCCCUGGCUCCUCUUAUCUCUCGGUCUCCUCUGUCAUGUCCGUAUCCAUGAGGAACCCACCUCAACGCCGGCGCUCCCUGGGUCCCGUCUCACCCAAGCGAAUCUACAGGAACCUCUCUGUCAGACUGAGGGGAGGAGAGUCGUCCGUCGCCGCCGAGGUUCAUGCACCCAAACGCACCAGCAGGCCUGCAGAAGCUUACAAGACCCUGUGGGAGGCAGUGGAAAACGAGGACACUUUGGCUGUGCAGAGCCUCUUGUCCAAAGAUCAUGCCAGCUGUGGAGGAGGAGGAUCGAGCUUGUGGGAGCGAGGAGAGAAGAAAGAGACAGACUGGGAGAGAGAUAAAGAAAAAGGGGUGAACCAAGUGAGCGAGCAGGGGUUGGUUCCUCUGGAUGUGGCCGCGCUUACCCACAACUCCCCUCUUCUUCACGUGCUGACGAAGGCUGGCGCCAGGCAUAACCCUAUUUUGUGCCGGCCAGCAGACUGGGGGCUCAAGCUGGACGCCCUGGUGGAUCUGGCGAGCAGACGGAUGGAGGAGAGGAAGUCGGAGUUGGCCAGGAAAACAGGAGCAGGCCCCCAGGCGCAGGCGGAGGUCCAGAGACAGAGCCGCCUCUGGAGAUUGCGGCUGCAGCUGUACUGCCGGAUGAGAGAGAACUUCCAGAACACGGAGCUCCCAGGCCCGCCCAGUCAUGUCUCCUUACUGGUAACCAGCAAUUCCUCUCUGUGCGUGGUGAUCAAGGAGCCGGACGGUAACAGCAUGGGGCUCAUCACCCGCUACAAAGUGGAGUGGAGCACCUCGGUCAGCUUCAAACGCGUCCUUGGAACGGCUCAGGUCACCGAAACGAGGAACCCUUCCUAUAUCAUCAACGGACUGACAGCAGGAACGCACUACUACGUGAGAGCGAGUGCCUACAACGUGAAGGGAUGGGGCCCGCCUCAGAGCUCGGCUCCUGUCAGCGCCGCCCCCUCCGGCUGGAGAGAGUGUGUCGGUGUGAAGACGCCGCUCAGGAACCACGAGGGCCUUGUGAGGAAACUGCUGGAAGAUGCCAAAGAAUCCCAGUACAGAGGAUAUUAUAUAGACAGCUCGAAGUCGGCGAGUCCCAGCAAGCGCCUGUUGAUGUCUCGGGGCAUCAAGCAGCUUUUCCACUCUGCCACCAAGUUUGUUCGUCUCCUGCAGAGGGGUGUGUACUUGGCGACUGUUUUCUACCACAAGGACAACAUCCUGGUGGCCGCUGAGGAUCAGAUCCCACUGGUGGAGAUCCAGUGUUGCUCCACCUCCAUCACCCAGGACUUCCUGUGGUUUGCCAAGCUGUCCUGCGCGUGGCAGCAGGUGCCCUGCCUUCAGCAGGGCCUGUCGUCUGCUCACUCCUCUCCCUCCUCCCUCCUUCAGAACCGGCACAACAUCUUAAAAGCCGUUUCUCAGCUGCAGUCUUCUCUAGGAACAAUGGAUUUGGGUCAGGUGUACUACGAACCGCUGAAAGACAGGCAGGGCAAUGUGCUAAUAGUGACGUUGAGGGAGUUCCCAAAUCCUCCAUCAAGCCCUCCUGACCCUCCAUUCCACUGGAUUCCUCUGGACCGGCUGGAGCGGAACCGCAGCAGAACCCCUCUGCUGCCCGAGCCCACUGCCAUGGAUACGCUCUUUGAGCAAUUGAAGGACAAGCUGUCCUUCCACAGGCACAGCAUCCAGUGGGUCCAGCCCGGCCUGUAUGUGGGCAUCCUAAAACUGUGCAGCUCGGUGGACCAGAUCAGGGUCCUGGUGCCGCAGCGGCUGCCAAACCUCCUCUGCCACACGCGGGUCCGACAGAAUCCCCACGUGACCAGAGAGGAGUGGGCCUGGCUCCAGAGUCAUGUUUACACCGCACACGGCGGCAGCGCUCGGAGCCCGCCGAGCGGCGAGGAGGAGAGCAGCGGAGUAGAGGAGUUUGUCAGGUCUCUGAGAGCCGCAGUCACACAUCUCCUGACGAAGCUCAACAUCCCCCUCUACAGGGCCUACCAGUAUGGUGUGUACACGCGGGAGCUGCUACAGUUGGGUGGGAAGGUCUCCAUGCUUCUGCUCCUGCCUCCCAGUGAGGACUUCAGCUCCAGUUACUGGCCUCUGGUGGGAACCAAAGAGCCCGGCCUCACCCUGCCCCUGCAGAUCUUUGAACUGGUUCACUUCUGGACCUACGAGAGGGACUUCCUGAGUCAGUACUGCCAAGCCUGGGUGAGGCUGGAGCUGGACACUCACCUGGCCCAGCAGGCUCUGCGUGAAGCGCUGGACACCAAAGAGGUGCAGGAAGCCCGGGAGCGCCUCAAUAACCUCACUGACCUUUCUCGUCGUUUGGAGAUGGUGUGGAGGGACGCCCGUUGGAUAAUGGACUGUCUGCAGUGUGUCCGCUCCAAGCAGUGGGUUGGGGCAGUGCCUUUGGGCCUGGUGAUGGGUGGGGACCCACCGCCUUGUCCUGAUGGUGAAGAAGAGGAAGACAGCUUGGCUGCAAGGUUGAAGUGGCCCAGCUGGAUCCAAACACAAAGAUCUGCAGCAGGUAAUGGCGCCACCAUGGGUGGAAGUUCUUCCGCUGUCCCCAUACCAGUUACCGCCGAGGUCUGCGCUCCAGAAAGAAUCCCGAUUGUCCUGGAGAACGCUGCGCUCAGGUUGAUGGAAGGCGUCGUGAAGGGAGGGUACCCUGUUGACAUCAGCGCUCAGUCGACGGCGGACCUCUCCGGCAUCGGCCUGCCGGAGGACGGAUACACCGGCGCUUCAGUGGACAGUGGACUUGACUCUGCUGCUGUGGCACAGCUAGAGGCCACGGUGUUGGACACCACAGACUUCAACCCCAGCAUCACAGACGUCAUCCGGCCAAUGGAGAUGGCGGAGCUGGUGGACAUCUUGCCGACGCUGAGUCUUAUUGAGGAGGAGAACCCCGGUGCUCCAUCCACGCCGUCUGUAAUGGACAUCCUGGAGAACUUUGGACUUGGGAUCGGGGAGGAAAACGCCCACUUUGUCUUUGAGAUUGACGACAGGAGGGGGUCAAAGGCAAACCCUGAGAGCGAGACGCACUGUGAGGGUAUCGUGUUAAAUGGAGCGGGAGUCACGCCUUCUUGUGCCACUGUAAAUGGUUCAGAGAGCGACACGCCUUUUUCAGGGCGCGCCUCGCUUCGGGACGAUAGACAGACGAUGGAGGCUCCGAGUAAGGGGGCAUCACUUCCAGUGAGAAACCUGGUGGAGUGGGACAGACCAUCCACCAGUUCAUCCUGAUAUUAAACUUUGUCAGCUUGAAGUUGCAGUCACACUCCAUCACUCGAUAAAGAAGUGAAAAACC